AUGCAAACUGAAACAACCAUGUCUGGAGAAGUGCGUUUGAAGCAGUUGGAGCAGUUUAUUUUGGAUGGGCCAACACAGACUAAUGGGCAAUGCUUCAGUGUGGAAACCUUGCUGGAUAUACUCAUCUGCCUUUAUGAUGAAUGUAAUAAUUCCCCUCUGAGAAGAGAGAAGAACAUCCUUGAGUAUCUGGAGUGGGCCAAACCUUUUACAUCUAAAGUGAAACAGAUGCGACUACAUAAGGAAGAUUUUGAAAUUCUGAAGGUGAUUGGUCGAGGAGCCUUUGGGGAGGUUGCAGUAGUAAAACUGAAAAAUGCAGAUAAGGUUUUUGCCAUGAAGAUACUUAAUAAGUGGGAGAUGCUGAAGAGAGCUGAAACAGCCUGUUUUCGAGAAGAGAGAGAUGUGUUAGUGAAUGGAGAUAACCAGUGGAUCACAACAUUACAUUAUGCAUUCCAGGAUGAAAACUAUUUAUACCUGGUUAUGGAUUACUAUGUUGGAGGAGAUCUGCUUACAUUACUCAGCAAGUUUGAGGACAGACUCCCUGAAGAUAUGGCUCGUUUUUAUUUGGCUGAAAUGGUGAUAGCCAUCGAUUCUGUUCAUCAGUUGCAUUAUGUUCACAGGGAUAUAAAACCAGACAACAUCUUGAUGGAUAUGAAUGGACAUAUUCGAUUAGCAGAUUUUGGUUCUUGUCUAAAACUGAUGGAAGAUGGAACGGUCCAAUCUUCAGUGGCAGUUGGAACACCAGAUUACAUCUCUCCAGAAAUCUUGCAGGCCAUGGAAGAUGGAAAAGGGAAGUAUGGGCCCGAGUGUGACUGGUGGUCCCUGGGCGUUUGCAUGUAUGAAAUGCUUUAUGGAGAAACGCCCUUUUAUGCUGAGUCCUUGGUGGAGACCUAUGGGAAAAUAAUGAACCACAAAGAGAGGUUUCAGUUUCCUGCUCAAGUGACAGAUGUCUCUGAAAGUGCAAAGGACCUCAUCCGAAGGCUCAUUUGUAGCAGAGAGCAUCGACUUGGACAAAAUGGAAUAGAAGACUUUAAGAACCAUCCAUUUUUUGCUGGGAUUGAUUGGGACAACAUUAGGAACUGUGAGGCACCUUACAUCCCAGAAGUCAGCAGCCCUACUGAUACAUCAAACUUUGAUGUGGAUGAUGAUUGCUUAAAAAACUCUGAAACAAUGCCUCCACCAUCCCACACUGCAUUUUCUGGCCAUCAUUUACCAUUUGUGGGUUUCACAUAUACAAGUAGCUGUGUGCUUUCAGACCGCAGCUGUCUAAGACUGACAGCUGGACCACCCUCCAUGGAUCUUGAUGCCAGCAUUCAAAGAACUUUGGAGGACAGUUUAGCAACAGAAGCUUAUGAGAGGAGAAUAAGACGUCUAGAACAGGAGAAGCUUGAACUUAGCAGAAAACUGCAAGAGUCCACCCAGACAGUGCAGGCUCUGCAAUAUUCAACAGUGGAUGGCCCAAUAACGGCAAGCAAAGAUUUAGAAAUAAAAAGUUUGAAGGAAGAAAUUGAAAAGUUGAAGAAACAGAUAACAGAAUCUGGUCAGCUGGAACAGCAACUCGAGGAGGCCAGCACCGCAAGGCGGGAAUUGGAUGAUGCUUCCAGACAAAUAAAGGCUUUUGAGAAGCAAGUCAGAACACUGAAGCAAGAGAGAGAAGACCUUAAUAAGGAACUGGCAGAGUCUAGUGACAGAUUAAAAUCCCAAGCCAAAGAGCUGAAAGAUGCACACAGCCAGCGGAAAUUGGCAAUGCAGGAAUUCUCAGAGAUGAACGAGCGGCUGACAGACUUGCACUCUCAAAAACAAAAGCUUGCCCGCCAGCUCCGAGAUAAGGAGGAAGAAAUGGAAGUGGUGAUGCAAAAAGUAGAAAGUUUAAGGCAAGAGUUACGCAGAACAGAGAGACUUAAAAAAGAACUGGAAGUCCAAGCUGAAGCUGCAGCUGCUGAGGCAUCCAAAGACAGGAAAUUGCGAGAGAGGAGUGAACAGUACUCUAAACAGUUGGAAAGUGAAGUAGAAGGGCUAAAGCAAAAACAGGUUGGUCGUUCACCUGGGGUAAGCAGUAUAGAACACCAGCAAGAGAUCACUAAAUUAAAGGCAGACCUGGAAAAGAAGAGUCUUUUCUAUGAAGAGGAGCUAUCUAAACGUGAACUGAUGCAUGCUAAUGAAAUAAAAGGUCUGAAGAAAGAGCUGCGGGAUGCAGAGAGCCAGCAGCUUGCCCUCAAGAAGGAAAUCAUGGUUUUGAAAGACAAGUUAGAGAAAACCAGAAGAGAAAACCAAAGUGAAAGAGAGGAAUUUGAAACAGAGUUCAAACAAAAGUAUGAACGAGAAAAGAUCCUGCUGACAGAGGAAAACAAAAAACUUACGAAUGAACUUGAUAAGCUCACCACCAUGUUUGAGAGACUGAGUAUGAAUAAUCGGCAGCUGGAGGAAGAGAUGAGAGACCUGGCUGAUAAGAAGGAGUCCGUGGCUCACUGGGAGGCCCAAAUCACUGAGAUCAUCCAGUGGGUAAGCGAUGAAAAAGAUGCUCGAGGUUAUCUUCAGGCCUUGGCCUCUAAAAUGACAGAAGAGCUGGAAGCCCUAAGGAACUCCAGUUUGGGUGCAAGAGCUACCGACAUGCCCUGGAAGAUGCGACGCUUUGCAAAGCUGGAUAUGUCUGCAAGGUUGGAGCUCCAGUCGGCUCUUGAUGCUGAAAUCCGAGCCAAACAGGCUAUUCAAGAUGAGCUGAACAAAGUCAAAGCUUCCUGUAUCUCUACAGAGUGUAAAUUGCAAGAAUCUGAGAAGAAGAAUAUGGAGCUUUUGGCAGACAUCGAAAGGCUGAAAAAGGAGACAGAAGAGCUUAGAUCAGAAAAGGGUGUAAAGCACCAAGACUCACAGAAUUCUUUCUUGGCAUUUUUGAAUGCGCCUACCUCUGCUCUGGAUCAAUUUGAAGAUUCCUUUUCCUCCUCUUCAUCCUCAUUGAUUGAUUUUAUGGAUGACCACUCUCCUUCCUGUAUUCCAGCUAACAAAGGCAGACGUAUUGAUUCAGUUGAGAAUUUUACAUUGUCUAAUACUCCAUCACGGGAUGAAGACAGCAAGUCUCACCUCCAUUCAAGAUCAAGGUCUCCUUCUACAGCCAGUGAGAUUGAACCAAUUGAGGUUACAGAUCAUCCUCCCCGUUCAAUUCACACACCGACCAUGAGGACAGCAUAUAUUGGCUCGGGACUCUCUGCACCAAAGCCUAAAGCUCACCAGUUUGUAGUGAAAUCGUUUAACACACCAACAAAAUGCAAUCAGUGCACAUCCCUGAUGGUUGGUCUGAUACGACAGGGCUGUACUUGUGAAGUGUGUGGAUUCUCUUGCCAUGUGACCUGUGCAGACAAGGCUCCUGCAGUGUGUCCAAUCCCUCCUGAGCAGACUAAGGGACCUUUGGGAAUAGAUCCACAGAAAGGCAUAGGAACAGCUUAUGAAGGACAUGUCCGAGUCCCAAAGCCAGCUGGAGUAAAGAAGGGUUGGCAGAGAGCACUGGCAGUGAUCUGUGAUUUUAAACUCUUCCUGUAUGAUGUAGCAGAAGGAAAAGCAUCUCAGCCCAGCGUGGUAGUGAGUCAGGUCAUAGACAUGAGGGAUGAAGAAUUCUCAGUGAGUUCUGUCUUGGCCUCAGAUGUCAUCCAUGCAAAUCGGAAAGAUAUCCCCUGUAUCUUUAGGGUUACAGCCUCCCAGCUCUCUGCAUCCAGUAACAAGUGUUCAAUCCUGAUUCUAGCAGACGGUGAGAAUGAAAAAAGCAAGUGGGUGGGCGUGCUGAAUGAGUUGCAUAGGAUCUUGAAGAAGAACAAACUCAAAGACCGCUCAGUCUAUGUUCCCAAAGAAGCUUAUGACAGCACCUUGCCCCUCAUCAAAACAACACAGUCAGCAGCAAUCAUAGACCAUGAAAGAAUUGCUCUGGGGAACGAAGAAGGGUUGUUUGUUGUUCAUGUCACUAAAGACGAGAUUAUCCGAGUUGGUGACAACAAGAAGGUCCAUCAGAUUGAGCUUAUCCCAAGCGAGCAGCUCAUUGCGGUGAUCUCAGGACGGAACCGUCACGUGCGGCUCUUCCCCAUGGCUGCCCUGGAUGGAAGGGAGACUGAGUUCUAUAAGCUGGCCGAGACCAAAGGCUGCCAGUCAAUAGUUUCUGGACACGUGCGCCACGGAGCUCUCACCUGCCUGUGUGUAGCCAUGAAAAGGCAGGUGCUCUGUUACGAACUAAAUCAGAGCAAGACUCGCCACAAAAAGAUCAAGGAGAUCCAGGUGCAGGGGAACGUCCAGUGGAUGUCGAUCUUCAGUGACCGUCUCUGUGUAGGCUACCAGUCAGGUUUCCUAAAAUACCCCCUUCAUGGAGAGGGCAGCCCGUACAGCCUGCUCCAUCCAGACGACCACACGCUCUCAUUUAUCUCACAGCAGCCAACUGAUGCCAUCUGUGCAGUCGAGAUCUCAAAUAAAGAAUACCUGCUGUGUUUUAGCAGCGUCGGUGUUUACGUCGAUUGCCAGGGCCGAAGAUCCAGGCAACAAGAGUUGAUGUGGCCUGCAACUCCAUCUUCUUGCUGUUACAAUGCACCAUACCUCUCUGUGUACAGUGAAAAUGCAAUUGAUAUCUUCGACGUGAACUCCAUGGAGUGGAUUCAAACUAUUCCUCUCAAAAAGGUACGACCCUUGAAUACAGAAGGAUCACUAAACCUUUUAGGCCUGGAGACGGUCAGAUUAAUAUAUUUCAAAAACAAAAUGGCAGAGGGGGAUGAACUGGUGGUGCCUGAGACAUCAGACAACAGCCGGAAGCAGAUGGUUCGGAACAUCAACAACAAGCGCCGCUACUCCUUCCGCGUGCCCGAGGAGGAGAGGAUGCAGCAGAGGAGGGAGAUGCUACGCGAUCCAGAAAUGAGAAAUAAGUUAAUUUCUAACCCAACUAAUUUUAACCACAUAGCACAUAUGGGUCCAGGAGAUGGCAUACAGAUUCUCAAAGAUCUCCCAAUGCAGCGUUCCCCUUAUCAAUUCCCUCAUCAUCACUCCCGUCUGAUCUCCUCUCCGAGCAACUUUGAGCACAUCUACCACAUGACUGUUAAUUCAGCUGAAAAAUUCCUCUCUUACGAUUCCAUAAACCCUGCAUUUUCCCCGUCUCCACGCUCUGUCCUCGGUACUCCAGACUUUGUCACCCUGAGGAACCUUCGGCCCCAGGAGAGCCGGACGGUGUUCAGCGGCUCCGUCAGCAUCCCGUCGAUCACGAAAUCUCGCACGGAGCCAGGGCGGUCCAUGAGCGCCAGCAGCGGGUUAGCAGCACGAUCGUCUGCACAGAACGGCAGCGCUUUGCGGAGGGAAUUCUCGGGAGGGAGCUACGGAGCGAAGCGCCAGCCCAUGGCAUCGCCCUCAGACGGGUCCCUGUCCUCUGGGGGCCUGGACCAAGGCAGCGAUGCACCCACAAGGGACUACGAGCGAGAGGACUCUGACUCUCCAAGACACUCGACGGCAUCGAACAGCUCCAACCUCAGCAGCCCUCCCAGCCCUGUUUCUCCUCACAAGACCAAGAGCCUCUCCCUGGAGAGCUCUGACCACGUGAGUUGGGACUCAUGA